AUGGCAGACAAGAAGUAUCCUCAAUUUCUCUUAAUUGGGGACUCAAUUAUCCAAUUUACCAGCUUCACUAAAGAUGGCUUCUCUUUUGGAGCUGGACUUUCAGAACACGUCGAUAGGAGACUAGAUGUCAUCAAUAGAGGCUUAAGUGGAUACAACACCAACCAAGCAAUGGUCAUUCUGGACCGUCUCGUCCCAUCUCCCUCUUCCGCCAAAGUAGACUACCUACUUCUGCUCUUCGGCUCCAAUGAUGCCUGUCUCCCAGAUUGUCCCACCAAACAGCAUGUCCCACUGGAUCAAUACCGCAAGAACAUGCACGCCAUCCUGAACCAUGCAUCUGUCAAGGCUCACAAUCCCACUAUUCUACUAGCCACACCACCCCCUCUCAAUGAAGUCCAUCUUGAAGCUGAGGACUUGAAAAGAGGCCACUCAGCUCUUACCAGACGUCAAAGCUACACCGAGCAGUACGUUAAGGCUGUGAGGGAGAUUGCGGAAGAGUACAAGGAUCAGAGAGUCGUGUUGGUUGAUCUUUGGGCUGCUAUGAUGAAGGAAGGUGCAAGAUUGACUCCUGGUUUUGUGGAAGGAGGGGGUUUGUUAGGGUCAAAAGAGAAGGGUGAUAGUGAGGGUUUACGAAAGCUGGUGGUGGAUGGCCUUCAUCUUACGGGCGCGGGAUAUAAAGUCUUCCUUGACCAGGUUUUGCCAGUGGUUGGGAAGGAAUGGGCGGGGGAACCGAUGCAUGAUCCUUCGUGGAUCUUUCCUCACUGGUCAGUUGCACCUUCCCAAUAA